AUGAAUGAUUUUUCUUUUUUUUUACUUUGAAAACGGAAGUCUUUUUUUUUGAACGACAGAGAAGAAGAAGAAGACACCGCUUGAAGAAAAUGAAGGCUGCUUCCUGUGAUGCUGAGCUCAGCUGAUCAUGUCAAUGGGUUGCCCAAACUUGACUAAUGAGACGGCCGCGCCCGCCAGGCAUCCUUACACCGCCCAGACCUCGGUGCCUCUGACCCUCCUGGUGGGCAUCCUCAUCCUGCUGACCGUGUUCGGCAACGUCAUGGUGGUCAUCGCCGUGACCACCAGCCGGGCGCUCAGAGCCCCCCAGAACUUGUUUUUGCUGUCUCUGGCCUGUGCCGACAUCCUGGUGGCCACAUUGGUGAUGCCCUUCUCCCUGGCCAAUGAGCUGAUGGGUUACUGGUACUUUGGGAAAGUGUGGUGCGAGAUCUACUUGGCGCUGGAUGUGCUUUUCUGCACCUCGUCCAUCGUCCACCUGUGUGCCAUAAGCUUGGACAGGUACUGGUCCAUCACACGGGCCAUUGAGUACAACCUGCUGAGGACGCCACGCAGGAUCAAAGGCACCGUCUUUAUCGUUUGGGUGCUGGCGGCCAUUAUUUCCUUCCCACCUCUUAUCACCAUGAAGAAGGACGAGGGCAAAGAGGACCGCCCCGAGUGUAGAAUUAACGAUGAGCGAUGGUACAUUAUCUUCUCCAGCACCGCUUCCUUCUUCGCGCCUUGCGCCAUCAUGGUUCUGGUCUACGUGAGGAUCUACCAGGUUGCCAAGCAGAGAACUAGAGCCCUGCCAGGUGAAAAGUCACGAGAAAACGGAAACCCUGAAGAUCCAAAGAAAGUAAGCAGAGAGGAAGGGAAGUCUGCGCAGGUCAACGGAGAGGAGGAAGUGGAUGAAGAACAGUCCUCAUCCGACGCUAACGAAGUAGCCUUGUGCUCCCUGAAAAAGAAACGGCCCGCUCGGAAGUGGAAGCCCGAAACGCACGCCGCUCCCAAGUCGGAGGCGAGCAAAUGGAAGGGCAGACAACGGCGGGAGAGGCGCUUCACGUACGUGCUGGCCGUGGUGGUGGGGGUGUUUGUCCUUUGCUGGUUCCCCUUCUUCUUCACGUACACGCUCACGGCCGUGUGCACGUGCUGCGUGCCCGAGACGCUGUUCAAGAUGUUCUUCUGGUUGGGCUACUGCAACAGCUCCCUGAACCCUGUCAUAUACACCAUAUUUAAUCACGACUUCAGGACGUCCUUUAAGAAGAUUCUCUGCAAAAAAGGUCAUUUCUGAACGGAUCCCAAGCAUGUUGAAUUCUUGAAAAAGCAUUUAUUCAGUGUUUCGUCUGUCGUGUUUGUUGUUAACCUUGAGCACAUGUUGGAGGGAAAAAAAAGUAACUUCUGUCAACGAUUGUUACCUCCGCAAAGCGCAAGUGCAGCGUGGAGGUUAUGUUUUUGCUGUUUGUUUGCUUGUUUGUGCUCAAAAUAACUUGGAAAGUUCUCCAUGGAUUUGGACAACAUUUUCAGGAAUUGUCAGAAAUGGGGUAUGGAAGAACUGAUUACAUUUUGGGGGCGAUCCGGAUCCUGGAUCAACGUCUGGAUCCAGGAAUUUUUUUAAAGGAUUCUUUAACAUUGUGAGAGAGGAUCAUUUUCGGCACGUGUGCAUAUAACGGCACGAAAAAUGAUCAGAGCACUUGGGAAAAAAAUAAAAGACAAGCUCUAAAAAAUAUGAAAGUGUGAUCCAAAAAAUGUAGGAGUAUUAUUUUGGUGUGAAUCACGAUGUGGGGGAGCUCUUGGUGCUUGGCGGAGGUUUGCGCUCUCUGAGUGCUUCUCUAGUUGAUUUUUUUUUACUUUUUUGAAAAUGUAUAACAACCAUGGCUGAUCUGCUGUACAGUGGUGAUUUAUCAAUACAAACGUAUUUUCUGGAUUUUAAGUCACACUUUUUUCAUAGUUUGGCUGGUCCUCCGACUUAUAAACAGUACCAACAUUUAUAUACAAUGUAACAUGUUUUUAAAUGCUAAAUACAGUGAGGGGCUGCCCUGGGUUUGUGAACAAGUCAAUGGAUUCAGUGAUGUGGAAUAAGAUCGGGAGCUUGGUGAACUGGCGUAUUACUAAGUUGCUUGUUAUGCUCAUUUAGCCUAUUCAGCCUCCCGGGUAUGUCCUUUAUGCUAUUGUGUAGAUGAAUGACUGUUAAAUGUGUUCCGUUCUUUCUGUCACUCGUGUUAACCUUGAGAAAAAAAUGCUGAGAAGAAAUGAAAACAUGUAACUUCUGUAAACCAUUGUUGAUUUGUUCUUCUAAAUGUAUAAUAAUCAUGCUAGGUCUAUAAUGCUGAUUUAUCAAUAUAACCAUAUGUU